GAGGGGAGCCGCCGCCGCCGCCGCCGCCGCCAUGGGUAUCUCGCGUGACUCCAUGCACAAGCGCCGCUCCACGGGCGGCAAGCAGAAGGCCUGGCGCAAGAAGCGAAAGUAUGAGCUAGGUAGGCAGCCUGCCAACACCAAGCUGUCAAGCAACAAGACAGUGAGGAGGGUGCGUGUUCGUGGAGGUAAUGUGAAGUGGAGGGCCCUCCGUUUGGAUACCGGCAACUACUCGUGGGGAAGUGAGGCCGUCACCCGCAAGACCCGUGUCCUUGAUGUGGUCUACAAUGCAUCAAACAAUGAGCUUGUCAGGACGCAGACCCUUGUAAAGAGCGCUAUUGUGCAAGUUGAUGCUGCCCCCUUCAAGCAGUGGUACCUUACCCACUAUGGAGUUGAUAUUGGUAGAAAGAAGAAGGCUCCUGCAGCCAAGAAGGAUGCUGAGGGCCAAGAUGCUGAAGCUACCACAGAGGAAGCCAAGAAAAGCAACCAUGUUAUCAGGAAGAUUGAGAAGCGCCAAGAGGGACGCACACUUGACCCACACAUUGAAGAACAAUUUAGCAGUGGGAGGUUGCUGGCCUGCAUUUCUUCCCGCCCUGGGCAGUGCGGCCGAGCAGAUGGCUAUAUCCUUGAGGGCAAGGAGCUGGAGUUCUACAUGAAGAAGCUCCAGAGGAAAAAGGGCAAGGGUGCCGCGGCUUAGAUCAACAAGUCUUUCUUUGUUGCUGGUUCUACACUGAAAGAACUACCUUUUUUGUUCCCAGAGAGCUACUAUGUUAUCUUUGCAGACGCAUAGCUGUUUUUUUCUGUUUAUUAAUCAACUUUAGCAUGAUGACAUGAGAAUGGCUUAUGUGCUCGGGAUGUUAUUAAGUUAAAAAUGUACUUCUGCCUCGUUCAUAAUUUUGGUAUUAUCGCAUUAACGUGGUCUA